AAGAAGCAAUCGUGCAGUCUGUGAGUGGCGUCUACAGCGGUGACAAGCGGUCUCCUGCAGACUGAGCUCCCUUGAAUGAGCGUUGAGGAAACCUCCGUGUGAAGCACACGAAGGCAAGGUCUCAUCUCUCGCGAGGAACGACGCCAUUAUCGGAAGCUCUACAAACAACACGAGAAUUCACCAUUCACACGAAUAACCUGAACCAGAACCUGCUGCUGCUGGCCUUCUACCACUCUUCAGUGGAGAGCGUGUCCUCCUACUGCCUGGAUGUUUGGUACGCAGGGGCCACUACUGAGAAACCUGUUUGACCUGCUGCCCUCUGCGGUGAACAAUGUCUGAACAAGAGCUGAAUGAAAUUGUGCAAAUAACAGUGGAGGACUUUAACCAGGAAAAUCGUACUGACAUGAUGGACAAUCAUGAAGAUGAUGAAGAAAGGUCUCAGAAGAAAAGAAGGAAAUUAAGCAACGGCCAGGAGAAUAACAAUAGCAAUCAAGAUAUCGCUCUUAUUAAGAACUUGUUGGUAUCAUUCACUGGGUCAAUCAGCCAGCGGCUGGAGGGAAUUGAGUCAAAGCUACAGUCUCUGGAUGCUGCAUGCAAAAACCUUGCACGCAAACUGGAUAGCAUGGCACCAUGUGCCAGAAGUCCCAUUCAGGUUCCUAUGGUUGCAGGAUCCCCUCAAGGGGCCACUCAGACUUGGAACAAAGUGCGAUGUGUUGUCCCACAAACAAAUGUUAUUGUGAGCAGUGAACCGCCGAAGCCCUCAAGUCCAGAAGACACUCCUCUGGAGAACCUGCUUAGCAACACAGUGACCAGGAGGCGACACAACACCAUCCUAGUAAAGGUCCCUGGCCCAGAAGAGAGUCAAGAGGAACAGGAGAGUGGCUCAGAGGCCAGUGAUUGUGUUUCCAACGGUGGUCAAUCAAGCAAUGCACAGAAAGGCCAAAAUGUCACUCUCAUCACACUCAAUGCAGAAGAUGAUUAUCCAGCCGGCACCUGGUUAGGAGAUGAGAACAACCCAGAGAUGCGAGUUCGCUGUCCAAUAUCUGCAGCUGAUAUGCUUCAUAUCAGCACAAACUGUCGCACAGCAGAGAAAAUGGCGCUGACGCUGCUGGACUACCUAUUCCACCGUGAGGUCCAGGCCAUGUCAAAUCUCUCUGGGCAGGGCAAACAUGGAAAGAAGCAGCUGGACCCACUUAUGAUCUACGGCAUCCGCUGCCACUUAUUCCACAAAUUUGGCAUCACCGAAUCAGACUGGUACCGGAUCAAGCAGAGCAUUGACUCAAAGUGUCGCACUGCUUGGAGACGCAAGCAACGUGGUCAGAGUCUGGCUGUCAAGAGCUUCUCUAAACGAACACCUCGCAACACAGUCACAGAGGAAGGAAUCACAGAAGAAACGGCUCACAUUGAGACUGCCACUCAACAGACCUUGCACUAUACAUUGGCCAAUCAGCAGGUCCAGUUCCACCGUAUUGGUGAAGAUGGACAAGUUCAGGUGAUUCCACAGGGGCAGUUGCACAUAGCCCAGGUACCACAAGGAGAGGAGGUGCAGAUCACACAGGACAGUGAGGGAAAUCUCCAAAUCCACCAGGUGCAUGUUGGCCAGGAUGGACAGGUGCUUCGUGGAGCUCAGUUGAUAGCUGUCGCUUCAGCUGAUGGAGGAGCCACAGCAGUGGAGGGCUCGCCACUCCCACCUGACAUCCAAGUGCAGUAUGUCCAACUAGCUCCUGUUGCAGAUCACACGGCUGCUGUACAGGCUGCUGAGCUGGCACCAGCCCUGCAGGCAGACAUGGAAGUGAAAGAGGCCAUCCAGGGUGCUAUCCAUGGAGACAAUGGCGAGAUCGUCCAGAUUGUGACAUCUGUGGCCACUUGAGAGUCCAUCUGGUUUGACAAAGAUUAGAAUCUUUCCCUACAGCAGGACCUGAAGAGUAUGGAAGAUCGGGGGUCAACAAAUGCAUACAGUCUGACAAGCGCUCAAGUUAGAUAGUCUUUUAACAAAUAUUGAAGGUCAUGGAUAAAACAAAGAGGAGCCUUUUUUCUGUUUUCCCCUUGCAAACUGCUUAAUUCAUUGUUAGCCAGAUGUCGCAAUGUGGAAAUGCUCAGAGAUUGUGAAAAGACCAAGAUGCUUCAAAAUCAACUGUGGCCCCUUCUGGUGGUUUCAUCACUAUAAUGACCUGACAGGCCGAAGAAUGCACAGCGGGAUUAUUGUCUCUUCAAGGAGGGUGCUGCUCCUGGACACCAUCACCCUGCCACUUCAUCAGCACCAGUACUUGUUUACAUCAGCUUUGGAAAAUAGUGGGUUAUUUGGACUUCAGCUGUUUGACUAACCCUGAGAUGCCGCAGAGGGUUUGCAAAAAUCCCUGAAAAUUCCUCAAAACAACCAGCACUGCACUCCUUUUUUCGUCCCUUCUUGUCACAAUGAUCUGAAGGAGAAAGUAGAAUUUGCUGUGGACAGCUGCUCUUUGUCCUAAUUGAUUUGAUUUCCCAACACUCACCUGGAUCUGGUCCAUAUUAUCUCUCCUGGCUGUGAGACACUUUAUUUUGUUCAACUUGUUUUAAUUCAGCCACACAGCUUUGUUUGUUUUUGGUUUAUCUAAUUGUAACAUGUUGAAAUAUUGGGGGAGAUUUAAUUCCAGAGGUAGAAGGCCGUGAAAUGGAAGAGACCGGGUCAAUGGUAGACAGUACAAGUUGCUUAUAGACAGCCAGGGAAACCCUGAAGUUGUUUAUAUCCCCCAGUUUUGUCUCUGUGACAUCCAUUCAUGUGAAUAAAACAUGUUUGUGGUUGC